GAGCACAACGCAGCUCCGCCCUCGCAAAGGCACAGCGCGGGCGCAGGCGCCCAGAGGCGCACAGGAGACCUCAGGCCUAGGCUCCACUCCCCAGCUGUGAAAGGACUGCUGGUGGGACCCCCAAGCUAGCCCGCCAGGCCUCCAUAGAGCUGCCCAGCAUGGCCGCGGCCACUACCAAGAGUUGGUGGGAGACGGGUGAGGUACAGGCUCAGUCUGCGGCCAAGACUCCGUCCUGCAAGGAUAUUGUGGCUGGAGACAUGAGCAAGAAAAGCCUCUGGGAGCAGAAGGGAGGCUCCAAGACCUCAUCAACAAUUAAGCUGCAAACCACCCAAGGUGAAGUCAUCUUAGCCUCUUGGAGUCAGCCUGACUGGGAUGAACCCAUUGAUAUGUAUUGCAUAAAUGAACAUAUCAUGACAGUAGUGAUGAGGGAUCUCCAGCUAUCCGUGUACUCUCUAUGCUUCCCAGACUCUCUGGCAGUUGCACUGGGUACUGGCUGAGUUCUGGAAAACAGGAAUGUGAGCAGAGUGCUGCAGAUCUCCUUGUCAGGAGCACCUAAGAACUGGCAUGACUCUACACCCUCUCUCCUUCUGCAAUGACCUCGUGUCAAGAUGGCAGACCUGCAGAGAUGAAUGUGCCUGGAUACCUGAGUCACCAGGUGGAGGAAACUCCCAUUGACAUGCAUCACACUCCACAUAUGAAACCCUUCUUUUUCUGCACUGUCACUGGGGUUAGGGAUUAUUACUCACUGCAACUUAGCCUAGCAUUAAGUUGCUUGACUAAUACAAGUUUCAAUAAAUGUUGCUUCAUUU